CAACUCGCAAAUCCGUGUGUCCCUGUGAAAGCGUAUUUUGGGAGAACUCAAGAAAUAGCAAUCACAUGCGUCUUCUUACAGCCCUUGCGCAUUCGAUACUGAUAGCAGCUGCGCCAGUCGUCUGGGGCUUCUCGACCUUGUCAAUUUCCGGACGACAGAACUCACCAACCACGACAAUUUGUCGGCUAGCCGUUGCCGUCCCACUUCACGAAGGCGCGCCGUUCACGAACGAAGAAUCCAAAAAGAGGCACAAACCUUUACUCAAUGAGGACCUAUGGGUGCGUACUCUAGACUAUGAAGGGUUUGGUCGAGAAGUGUCGGCUCUCGGUAAAGAACUAGCCUUACAGUCUGGCGACGAUGAUGUGGCACACCUCGAAAAGAUUGUGUCCUGGCGCAACGUGGCAGCCAUAGUCGGUAUUGUUUCAAUGGGGAUGACACCCAACCCCAUCACUAUAAUCGCACUCUCCACCUGGACGUUCGCUAGUUGGACCAUGUUGGCGCAUCACACAUGCCACGGUGGGUACAAUCGCAUCGACGCCGGAGAGUUCCAUAGCCGAGGGUUCGCUUUGGGUUCUGUUGGCCAGCGUGUCCGGGACUGGUGCGACUGGAUGCUUCCCGAGGCUUGGAAUAUUGAGCACAACCGCUUGCAUCACUACCGAUUAAAUGAGAAAAACGAUCCCGAUUUGGUGCAACGAAAUUUGGCCUUUCUGCGUCAGGCUCAACUACCGAUGCUUGCAAAAUACGUGGUCCUUGCUGCUCUUUUCCCGGUGUGGAAGUGGUAUUACUACGCACCAAACACAUUCAAAGAGCUUGAGAUCAACCGCCUCAACAGAGAAGGGAAAAGUCUGCCACUGUUAUUUGAGCCGGAAGCGGCGAUUACCAUCGGGUCUCUGCUAUGUCCACAGACGGCUUCCGAGCAUGCUCUUAGGGACAUUAUGAAACCCAUGGAUUUUUUCGUCAGAGUUCUCUCCCCGUUUCUCGCUUCUCGCUUUAUCAUCCUACCGGCUCCUCUGCUCCUUAUUCCUACCGUCGGACCUACUUUGUAUGCUCACGCCAUCGUCAACUUGAUAUUGGCCGAGCUUGUAACCAACGUACACUCCUUUGUUACGAUUGUUACAAACCACGCUGGCAAAGAUUUGUACACUUUUGAUGACGCCGUCAAGCCCAAAACGCCCUCUUUUUACGUGCGCCAAGUUGUCGGCUCAGCCAAUUUUGUAACUGGUAAUGACCUUAACGACUUUUUCCAUGGAUGGCUCAACUAUCAAAUCGAACACCAUGUUUGGCCCGAUCUUUCCAUGCGACAGUACCAAAUUGGUGCGCCCCGGCUAAAAGAUAUUUGUUUGAAGUACGGUGUACCAUACGUGCAAGAGACUAUUUGGGAACGGCUAAGAAAGACUACUGAUAUUAUGGUAGGCAAGGCGACCAUGCGUUCUUUUCCGACGGAAUACGAAGCUGCUAAGGACAAAUCGGGGAAAGACGGUUUAACUUGGAAGUCCAGCAACGGAGCAAUCGAGGAAGAUUAAAGCCUGAUUCUUUUUAUUUUCUUUUGUACCAGGUCUGUUAAAUAUAACCUUUAGCUUGUACAGGAUAUAGGCUCUG